AUGCCUCCAAGUACGUCGGGAAUUGAAGCCGUCAAUGGCAAUAACAAUGGCGGCGAUACCACUGCACCAAAUCAAGCCACCUCGAGUAUAUCACCAACAUUCCUGAACACCCAACCAGGCUCCGAUCACAAUUGGAAGAUUACACUGGAAAGAAAGGUCAUCGCUAUUACCGGUGCCAACAGGGGCAUCGGCCUAGCGCUUGCAGAGGUUUGCUUAGCCAACGAUGCGGCGAGCAUUUUCAGCUUGGACAUUUUCGAGCCGGGCGAGGAGUUCACUGCUAUACAAAAGGCCAACCCAAAGAAAUUGCACUACAUCCACUGUGAUGUCACUUCUGAGGACAGCGUGAACUCCGCAAUCGACGCUGUUAUCGCUCAGGGGGGUGCUAUUCAUGGCUUCAUCGCGAAUGCCGGCAUGACGAAGCAUCAACCAGCAUUUGACUUCAGUCGCGCCCAGUUGGAUCAACUGUUCAACCUCAACGUUUUUGGCGCUUAUUUCUGCGCCACUACAGUUGCUCGUCGGUUCAUUGAUUUGGGGAUCAAAGGAUCUAUUGUCUUUACUGCUUCCAUGACAUCUUAUCGUCCAAACCGCGCAGCGCCUUCGGCUCCCUAUGGUGCUACAAAGGCUGCUGUACGAAACAUGACACAUACUCUGGCCAUGGAAUGGGCCAAGCAUGGUAUCCGGGUGAACUCAAUCUCGCCUGGUUUUAUCAAGACCGCCAUGACCUAUUUUGUGGACCAGGCUCCUGACUGGGAUUUGAAGAUGCAAUACUAUGGCGGCAUGCCCAGGUUGGCUGACCCCAAGGAACUUGGUGGAGCUUAUGUCUACCUGCUCUCUGACGGCGCCUCGUAUACUACAGGAAUCGACAUUCCGGUUGCUGGCAUUGUGGGAGCCUGGUAG